AUGGACCCCGCCGAGGAGAUCGAGCUGCCAGUCUACUACACUCCCAGCGCGUCCCCUCCCCACUCUACCCACCCUGUAGCCCUAGAGCUCACUUCUAUCACCCCCCUCGCGCCGGUUCAUCACAUCAUCAUCGACCACCUCGCCCUCGUGGCCCCCGUCACGACCCUCAUCUUGUCCAAGUACGUCUACGACAUCACCAUUCCCAAGCUCUACCGCCAUGUCACUGCAAGCAAAAGCUUGCUUCGCGGACUAGAGUCGGCUGAACUGGGGAAUCGGCGGAAGCUCGACUGUCUGAGACAUACAGAGACACUGAAGGUGGAGGAUAUGGCGGCGAUGUGGCAUGUGAGUAUGCUCGAUCAUCAUGCCGCCGCGGUGCGAUACGCCAAGGUCUUUCCGAACUGUACUCGAGUCGAGAUAUCUCAAGACGUUGUGGACGGACACUAUCAUAUGAAGAAGGGAGAAAUUGUGGAAGAUUGGAGCUUCAGUACCCUCAAAGAAACCCUGUCAAUGCAGAUGAAAGAGGGGUGCGAAAUCGUGGAGAUACCAAGCUUGCGGGAAGGCAAGGCAGAGGACGACGAUGCCAUGUCCAUGACUUUCUCGAGUGGCUCUCCAUUUACUCUCAACACCUCUCAACCUGCUCCGAACCCGUUGGUUGCCGGGAUGUGGGUUGUCGUUGGUGUGGUUUGGAUCUGGGCCCCUGUUAUCCUAUUCAUUCUCUUAUCGUGUGCCGGCUACAACAUCCCUUCGCUCAACAUUACCAACGCUACCGCCAACAUCACCUUCGACGACGGCUCAACAUGGGCGAUGGCAAAGAUAUCUAUCGGCCCAUCUGGUGGUUGUAUGUACUACGAUGACUCCCCUAGGAAAUGCAUUCGGACGCUCGACUUUAAGCCCGACCCUGCAUUCCUCCACCUACCAGUCAACCAGACCCUCACCACCAGCCUCUCCCAGACCCUCAAUCGAGCGUUUGUCACCAACUAUAUAAGUGCUGGAUGGAUUGGCGUCGCGACUCUCAGUCUACUUGUGAGUUUCAGCGAUAACAGUUGGUCUGCUACUUCUCAUGACCUCAUGCUCUGGGGAUCCCUUUUCGCCUGGCUCUCAUUUUGGCUCAACGUCGCCAUCUGCUUGAACUUUAGGAGGCUCUUGAACGUGAACGAUAAAGCUUCGGGAUGGGAUUACCAUCCAGGGAAUGGACUGUGGCUGUUCUUGUAUACAGUCGUGACUCCCCUCGCGCCAGUCUACCACAUCAUCAUCGACCACCUCGCCCUUGUAGCCCCCACCAAGACCGUCGUCUUGUCGAGAUAUGUCUACGAUUUCAUCACGCCCAACCUCUAUCGGAAUGUCAUUGCCAGCAAGACUCUACUCCGCGGGAUCGAGUCUCCGGGCCCGGGAUGCCAGAGAAAGAUCAAAUGCUUAACGUAUGUAGAGACACUCAGAGUGCAAGAUAUGGCGGCAAUGUGGCAUGUCAGUAUGCUCAACCACGAGGCCGCCGAACAGCGCCACAAAAACGUCUUUCCGAAAUGUCGUCGCGUCAAUCUCUCUCAAAAUAUUGUCAAUGGACGAUACCAUUUCAGAGCGGGAGAGGAAAUCGACGAAUGGAGGUUUGUCAAGAUCAAAGAGAUGCUGGCGGGGCAGGUUAAAGAGGGGUGCGACAUUGUGGAAGUCCGACGUGCGAGAGCGGACAAUGAAGCAGGAAGACGAUGUCAAGUCUAUGACCUUCCCAUUGGCUGGACGCCUUUCCUUCUCCUGGUUUUGAUAUCGUGCGCUGGCUACAAUAUCCCUUCACUGAGCAUCACCACCGCGACCGCCAACAUCACCUCUGCGGACCGUUCAUCAUGGGCUAUGGCAAAGAUAUCUCUGGGACCGUCUGGGGGAUGUAUGUACUAUGGUGAACUGUAA